AUUUAAUUUGCAUAAUGUUGGCUAUUCGAAAUUAUUUAGUUAACGCCACGGUCAAAAAAGCAUAUGUAUUAACAAAUAAAAAUAUUCGUGAAAAUAUAGAUGAAUAUUAUGAAUCAUUGCAACAAAGUAUUCAUGCUGAUAAGUCACUUACAAAUGAUGAAAAGAUCAAAGCAGAAAAAAUUCUAAUAAAAACUAUGAUUCUGAUAAAAUUAAUUAUAAUAAUGGGAAAAAAAGAAUUUGUGAAUAUUGUAUAAAAGAAUGUUUAGCAAAAUUCUUCUGUGAGAAUUGUAUCCGAAAUUAUUUAAAAAAUAAUUUUAUAAAUUGGACAUCUGGAAAUGAUAAUAUGGACAGCUUAAUUCGGAAAUGUCAAAUGAAAUCACGUUCUCCAGAUAAGAUAAUUGAAUGGAUCCCAUAUAAUAAUUUACAAAAUAUUGAAUAUCUAACUUCUGGUGGAUUCUCCGAAAUUUAUAUUGCAGAUUGGAUUGGUGGAGGUUAUAAUAAUUGGGAUGGUGAAAAGCAACAAUUAACAAGAAAUGGUACUAUAAAAGUAAUACUUAAAAUUUUAGAAAAUAUCAAAAAUAAAAGUUGGUUUUAUGAGAUAAAAUCUCAUCUAUCCAUAGCUAAUAAGUCAACAUUUAUAGUACAAUGUCAUGGUAUAACUCAAGACCCAUCAAAUGGAAAUUUUAUCCUUGUAAUAAAAAAAUUAGACACAGAUUUAAGAAAAUAUUUACAAGCUAAUCAUAUUAAGCUUACAUGGAAAGAAAGAACAAAAAUUGCUUAUAAUAUAAUUGAUGCACUUCAUAGAAUUCAAAAUGAAAAUGAAAUUCAUAGGGAUUUGCAUUCGGGAAACGUAUUAUAUUAUCAACGUACAAAUUCUUGGUUUAUUAGUGAUUUUGGACUUUGUGGACCUGUUGAUAAACAAUUAGGAAAUAUAUACGGAAAUCUUCCUUAUAUAGCACCAGAAAUUUUUGAAGGAAAAGGAUAUGAUUUUUCAUCUGAUAUUUAUAGUAUUGGUAUGCUUAUGUGGGAAAUCUCGUCUGGAGAACCACCUUUUAUUGAAGAACGCGAUAAGUAUGGUUUUGUAAUGAAAAUAAUAGCCGGAUUUAGACCAGAAGUAUUACCAGGAACUCCUUUGGAAUAUAGAGAAUUAAUGGAACAAUGUUGGGAUGCUGAUUUAACAAAAAGACCUGAUAUUAAUACUCUAUUUAAUAAAAUAAAACAUAUUUACAAAUCAUAUUUUCAAAAUGAAAAUGAUGUUGAACAACAAACAAAUUAUGUCCCAACUAUCAACAACUCUCAGUUGUGUACAAGUUCUAGUGUGAGCCAUAGUUUCAGUAAUUCCAUUUAUAGAAAUUCUAGUAACGAAGUUUAUAAUUUAAGAGAUUUACUGAGCAAACAAAAUUUAACAAAAGGUGAAAUAUAUAAUCAAAAUCUUCAUGAAGAAUUGAAGAAUAAGUACGAUUCUAAAGAUCCUAACUACGUAUUGAAUUAA